AGGGGAGUGCGGCAAGGCAAAUAAACACACACCUUAAUUCCUCUUGAAACAUGCUUCCAAAAGCCUUUACCGGAGCCAGCUGCCCUACGAAAGCGUUGACCGCCUCGAACCGUGCCGCUCUGGUGAGCUCUGAUUUGACGUUGAAUCCCCAAUGAGCGUUUCAUACCCCGUUUCUGUGCCACCAGGUUAAAAGUCACUAGGAUGACAGCUGCCUGUGCACCCUCGAGAGUUACGCUGUGAGACGUGGCUGCGAUGGUAUUAAGAGCAACCCGAGAACCGGCGGGGGGCAGCGGACGCCGUUCCCUACAUGUGCUCACAGCAUACGCAGCCAAGAGGAACCCACCGGAGCCGUAGCCCGGCCGCGGACAGCACCGUGCACCGCAAUGACCGCUGUGCUGCCUCUCGUGCUGCCUGCGCUGCUGCUGGCAGGUGCCGCGCUGCCACCAGCUGCCGCCUCUGCGCAGCGCUCGGUGGCCCGCAUGGAUGGGGAUGUCAUCAUUGGUGCCCUCUUCUCGGUCCACCACCAACCACCAGCUGAGAAGGUGCCUGAGAGGAAGUGCGGAGAGAUCCGGGAGCAGUACGGCAUCCAGCGGGUGGAGGCCAUGUUUCACACCUUGGAUAAGAUCAACGCUGACCCAGUGCUGCUGCCCAACAUCACGCUGGGCAGUGAGAUCCGUGACUCCUGCUGGCACUCCUCGGUGGCCCUGGAGCAGAGCAUUGAGUUCAUUCGGGACUCACUCAUCUCUAUUAGGGAUGACAGGGAGGGAGGUGGGCGCUGCCUCUCCGACUCACAACCGCAGCCCCCGGGCCGCCUGAGGAAGCCCAUUGCGGGAGUCAUUGGCCCUGGCUCCAGCUCAGUUGCCAUCCAGGUGCAGAACCUCCUGCAGCUCUUUGACAUCCCACAAAUUGCCUACUCUGCCACCAGCAUCGACCUGAGUGACAAGACUCUCUACAAGUAUUUUCUCCGUGUGGUCCCCUCUGACACACUCCAAGCCCGCGCCAUGCUCGAUAUUGUCAAGCGUUACAACUGGACUUAUGUGUCCGCCGUGCACACUGAAGGAAAUUACGGGGAAAGUGGAAUGGAGGCCUUCAAAGAGCUGGCUGCCCAAGAGGGCCUCUGCAUUGCUCAUUCUGACAAGAUCUAUAGCAAUGCUGGGGAGAAAAGCUUUGAUCGCCUGCUCCGCAAGCUGCGAGAAAGAUUACCCAAGGCUAGAGUGGUGGUUUGCUUCUGUGAGGGCAUGACGGUGAGGGGGAUCCUCAUUGCUAUGAGACGUCUGGGAGUGCUUGGGGAGUUCCUGCUAAUUGGAAGUGACGGUUGGGCAGACAGAGAUGAAGUCAUUGAAGGUUAUGAACAGGAAGCAAAUGGAGGCAUCACUAUCAAACUGCAAUCUCCAGAGGUCUUGUCAUUUGAUGACUACUAUCUGAAGCUGCGUCUGGACACCAAUACCCGCAAUCCUUGGUUUCCUGAGUUCUGGCAGCAUAGAUUUCAGUGUCGCAUCCCUGGACACCCACUAGAGAAUCCUAACUUCCAGAAGAACUGCACCGGUAAUGAAAGCCUAGAAGAAAACUAUGUUCAGGACAGUAAAAUGGGAUUCGUCAUCAAUGCUAUAUAUGCUAUGGCUCAUGGACUCCAAAAUAUGCAUCAUUCCCUUUGCCCAGGACAUGUUGGGCUGUGUGAUGCUAUGAAGCCAAUUGAUGGCAGCAAACUCUUGGAGUUUCUCCUCAAGUCCACAUUCAUUGGUGUUUCUGGAGAAGAAGUUUGGUUUGAUGAAAAGGGAGAUGCCCCAGGAAGGUAUGACAUUAUGAACCUGCAGUACAUAGAGCCCAACCGCUACGACUAUGUCCUCAUUGGAACUUGGCACGAGGGUGUCCUCAACAUUGAUGACUACAGGAUUCAGAUGAACAAGAGUGGAAUGGUCCGAUCAGUGUGCAGCGAGCCUUGCUUGAAGGGGCAGAUUAAGGUGAUCAGGAAAGGAGAAGUGAGCUGCUGCUGGAUUUGCACUGCUUGCAAAGAGAACGAAUUUGUUCAGGAUGAAUUCACCUGUAAAGCCUGUGAACUUGGCUGGUGGCCAAAUGCUGAACUGACAGGCUGUGAACCCAUUCCUGUAAAAUACCUUCAGUGGAGCAAUAUAGAAUCUAUUGUGGCUGUGGUCUUUUCCUGCCUGGGGAUCCUGGUCACCAUGUUUGUCACCCUUAUCUUUGUGCUCUACAGGGACACUCCUGUUGUCAAAUCCUCCAGUCGGGAGCUCUGCUACAUAAUCCUUGCUGGCAUCUUUCUGGGUUAUGUCUGCCCUUUCACCCUUAUCGCUAAACCCACCACGAUAUCCUGCUACCUCCAGCGCCUUCUGGUGGGUCUCUCUUCUGCCAUGUGCUAUUCUGCCCUUGUGACCAAAACCAACCGCAUUGCACGCAUUCUGGCAGGCAGCAAAAAGAAGAUUUGUACCCGCAAGCCACGUUUCAUGAGUGCGUGGGCUCAAGUGGUCAUUGCCUCCAUUUUGAUCAGUGUGCAGUUGACACUGGUGGUCACGCUGAUCAUCCUGGAGCCCCCCAUGCCCAUCCUCUCCUACCCCAGCAUUAAGGAAGUUUACCUUAUCUGCAACACCAGCAACUUGGGUGUCGUGGCUCCUGUGGGCUACAAUGGACUCCUCAUCAUGAGCUGCACUUACUAUGCCUUCAAGACUCGCAAUGUGCCUGCCAAUUUCAAUGAGGCCAAGUACAUUGCAUUCACCAUGUAUACCACUUGUAUCAUCUGGCUGGCGUUUGUGCCUAUCUAUUUUGGGAGCAACUACAAGAUCAUCACCACUUGUUUUGCAGUGAGCCUGAGUGUGACAGUGGCCCUGGGGUGCAUGUUCACUCCUAAGAUGUACAUCAUCAUAGCCAAGCCCGAGAGGAACGUCCGCAGUGCCUUCACCACCUCAGAUGUGGUGCGUAUGCAUGUCGGGGAUGGCAAGGCACCUUGCAAGUCCAACACUUUCCUCAACAUAUUCCGGAGAAAGAAACCAGGGGCUGGAAAUCCAAAUUCUAAUGGAAAGUCUGUGUCAUGGUCUGAACCAGGUGGAAGACAAGCUUCCAAGGGCGAGCACAUGUGGCACAGACUCUCAGUGCAUGUGAAGAACCAGGAGACAGGGUGCAAUCAGACAGCCGUGAUCAAACCCCUCACUAAAAGCUACCACGGCCAAAGCAAGAGCCUGACUUUUACCGAUAUCAGCAGCAAGACUCUGUACAAUGUGGAGGAGGAAGAAGACAGAGAGCCCGUCCGCCUCAACCAGCCCAGCAGCCCCUCCAUGGUGGUGCACAGGCGAGUGGCGACCACCCCGCCCUUGCAGGCUGCAGCAGAGGAGACACGUCUCUUCCUGCCCGAGCAGUCCCCCAAGGACCUGCCCCUGCAGCCCCGCUCUCUCAUGGAGCAGCUUCAAGGGGUGGUCAACAAGCUGGCUACUGGCAUCCCUGACUUCAGUGCCGUGUUGCCUGCACCUGGCUCGGGGAAUGGCACGCGGCCUCCCCAGCAGUCGCCCCUGCUGCCUCUCCAGGCAGCUGACUUCAGCGGGGAGCCCCUGUCUCCCCCGGCUGAGGAAGCGGAGAGUGAGAAGCUGAAGCUCAUUCAGGGAUAUGUCUACGAAAAGAGCACAGAGGAUGAGGAGGAGGAGGAGCCGGCAACCAGCAAGCUCACCCUGGAAGACUCACCGGCACUGACACCUCCAUCCCCUUUCCGGGAUUCGGUGGCUUCAGGCAGCUCCGUGCCCAGUUCUCCCGUGUCGGAGUCGGUACUCUGCACACCCCCAGACAUGACCUAUGCUUCCGUCAUCCUGAGGGAUUAUAAGCAGAGCUCGUCCACCCUAUAGAGCAUGGAUGCUGCUGCAGGAGACGUGGCUUGGAGGACUUCGGCAGCUGCCCACUGUGAGGGCCUGGGGAGGUGUUAUCCCCAGGGGUGGCGGAGAAGGAGCGGAGAGCAGAGUCGUACAUGACAGGGCAAAAACUUUAUCCUGCACUUAAAGAAUAAAAAAGAACAAAGAAAAAGAAAAAAAAAAAAAAAAACCGUGCUGAGGGCUUAACAUUCUCUAUCUGUUAAAUUAUUGUACUUUGAGCAAACAAUAGGAAAAAACAAAGCACAAACCUAACGGACAACUUCUAUAGCAAAAAAAAAAAAAAUAAUAAUAAUAAUGAAUAAACACACAGGAAAAGAAAAUAGACUUAGUCACACCAUCUCUUGGCAGUGCUUGAGGAGGACUCUGGGAAGUGCAACCUUGGAGUAGUCCUUAGUGCGUGUGGUGACUGCAGCCUGCCUGCUGUGCCAGCAGGUUCAGGCUGGAAUGGGCAGUGCGGUGACCUGGGGCAAAACUGCCUGUGUACAAGAUAUACAUGCAUAAAUCAUUUCUUCUGGUUUCUGCAGGUGGCAUAAAUGCAUAACCUGUUGGAGAGAGGGGAGCUGAGAUAAUGUGAAAACACAUGGCUCUUUAUGACUUUUGUUGGAACAGUUUGUUCUUUGUACGAGGCUGCUUUUUGGGGGAAUCUGGGUUUUUUAAGGCUAAUUGUGAACAAAGUGAUGAUUAUUACCAAGACUUGAGAAGUUUUUGAUGAAAGCUCUUGCUGUAGUACUUGUAAUAUGAUAAAGGCUUGGGAAAACUGCCCUUUCGUAUGCGAUUGCAAACCAUGUUGGCUAAACUGUUACACAACAUUUACCGUAGCAGAACAAUAUUUAUUGACUGACUUUUCUUAAUACAAUGUACUUGCCGUGUGAUUACAUCAUUCUUUUGUGUUACGAUGAAAUCAAAUGCUUUGGAAUAUAGCUGUAUACUUAGAGCAACAACUAUUACUCUGAAAGGCAGUUCCUUACUGGGGGUUUUAGACUCAGUCUUGAAGCAAGAAUGAGAGUACAUUUGUGUCUGUAUGCGUGUGUACAGUAUGUGUGAAAUGUAAUGUCCAAUAACUACCACUGGAAGAUUGUCUUAUAAAUAUACUAUGAAUAUUUUUAUGUUUCAAUCAUAUUUUAUAUUGCAUUGUUACAAAUAUUCAAUAGAUCUUUGGAGGUUUGUAUGCUGUGCUAAUACAUGUUUUUUCAUAUACGAGCUGAGACAGUAGUUCCUAUUAUAAUAGGGUGCUUUAUUUUGCAGAUAUUUUAUGAAGUAGACCUAUGGUAUUAAUAACCAGUGCAUUGAGAACUUGUUACGUUGUGCGUUUGGUUACUAAUGUUAAAGAAAAGAAAAAAAAGAAAACACAAAAAGAAAAAAGUCUGUUUUUGAAACCUUGCACAUACCAGUAUAAUUCUAUAAAGCCAAGACAGGAAAUGUAUUUGACAUAUUUUUGUUGCUUCAGAUAGUUAAAAGUAGAAUUAUGUCCAGGCAGGAACGUUCAUCAGUGCUUAACGUGUACAUCAGUUCCCCAUGUCUGUUCUAAACUGUUCUUUUAAUCUUUUUAUUAUGUUCAUUUUAGUGCUUUUUCCAUACAGUUUCAUUUCUUCUUUGUAGAAUGGUAUGCUUUAUCUUAAAGGUCACUUGUAGGCAGCUGUUCUCGGUCAUUCAGUCCUCCUCCUCUAUCCUUCAUAUACUUCCUAGAGAUGGACCUAAUUCACAGCUCUGUAAUGGCUGGCAUGUUCAAAGUCCAGCUUCUUUUGCUGUGUUUUGAACUUAGUUAUUACUAUCUGAUUUAUAAAUGUGAAUGUUACACGUAUUCAGGACAGGAUUUUAGCUGCUAUGAACUUUGUGCACUUGAAUUUAGCUGAGUCUCAUAAUUCUAAUCCGUCUCAUAAUUCUAAACUUUAUUUCCAAAGAUAUUUUAAAGGAAUAUUUAUAAUCAUGCUUGUGAAUAUACUAUCAGAAUUUUUCUGAAUUCUCCAUAUUUCUGCUUCUUUUCUUUCUUUUUCACUUGAAUUUUAAGUCCAGGUGUCAAUCAUCAAUUCUUCUCUUAAGAUCUAAAGCUCUUUAUUUUGAUGAAAAUACAGUGGUAUUGGGAGGUUUGGCUGAUGUUCAAAAUGGGAUGGAGUCUCUUUUUUCCCUCAUCCACUUUUCACAUUGUUUUCUCCUUUCAGUAUGACUAGUAGCCAAUUGCUGUCAUCUUCCUGAUGUGGAAAGCAUGAACUGACUUUGCCCAAAGGCAUAGUUGUGUCUUUGUCAGUAGAUUGAUGUUUCUACUUUAUAAUGAACUAAAGUCACCUGAGGGUCAGUUGGUUGACUUUUGUCUGCUUGGGGCUUUUAGGGGGGAAUUUUUUGUUGUUGUUUUUGUUUUGUUUUCUUCUUUUUAUAAUGCUGAUCACUCGUGAAAACAAUGAGGAAAUGCCAUAUUUUCCUUGCUGAUUGCUGUGAUGGCAAUGAAUUCUAUCUUGUUAUAGUCUUAGUAUAAGUUUUCUUUUGCUUUUUCCAAAAACAUGUGUUGUCAGUAGCACGGGACUAGUAAUAGAAACCCAGUGUUUGAAGAAAUGAUAUAGAUGAAAGAAAAAAAACCAACACAUAACAGGCUCAUAUAGGUGGGGAGAUGACUAUGUGGCAAGGUACUAUGUUUUCAUAUCUGCCUAUUUUGAACAUAUUUUGAACAUAUUAAGCACUGACUUUAUUACUGUAAUGUAAUUUAUAUAUUGAGUAGGAAUUUUCUUGAAAUUCAGUAUAUUAGCUUUUAGUUUGUAAUUGUUAAAACUGGAAACAUACACAUAAAUAUAUCUAAAGAGCAAGAACUCACAUUGUGUAUGUAGUUGUAUGAGCUAUGAAGCUUCCUGUAAAAGUUCUUUCUUUGGUCUGUCAAAUGCUUGAUGAGAACUGCCUUUUUGUCAAAAUGAUCUUGAAAAUGCUGUAAAAUAAAUAUUUUCUAUUUAUUAUUUAA